GCCCAGGCCUGCUCUGUCCAUGUGUCCAAGAAGGAAGUACUUUAGCCCAACUAGGGCUGUGCCAGCCUACCUCCCCUAACCUCCCCAAGUCUUCCUCCUGUGGGUCCUUUAAAUGCAUCUCAGGCACUCAGGCUGCCAUCAGUCACCUGCCUGCCACCACCAUCAUGCGCUGUCUCAUCAGCUUCGCUCUGGGCCUGCUCGCCCUGGAGGUGGCCCUUGCUCUGGAACCAGUCUUCACCUCAGCUCAGUUCAUGUGCCCUGAGGUCAGCUCUGAGGAAGAAAGAUCCUGUAUCAACCAGUGCAGUACCAGUGCAGAAUGUGGACUGGAUACCGUGUGCUGCCCCAGCAUAUGUGGUGGUUCCUGCAAAACCCCAAUCAGAAUUGGUAUCCCAAAGGCUGGCCAAUGCCCCUGGAAUCCACUCCACAUGAUCCCUGCCAAGCCAUGCCCAGAGCAGAGUGAAUGCUCCAGUGACAGUGACUGUGAGGGCAUAAUGAAAUGUUGUAACAUCAAAUGUGCCAUGAAGUGUCUGAUCCCUGAAGCAGAGGAGUCCUUUUAUUGAGCAGCCUGCCCUGGAAUCCCUGAUGGCCAGGAGUGACUGACCCAAGCCUGCUCAAACAAAAAACCUUCCCUCCUGGAUCCUGAGAGAAUAUGAUGCCUCCUAUCUGCUGCUAAUAAAAAAUUUCAUUUGGCUUUA